AUGACACUGGGCUCUGGACAAGUGAUCAGGUUUAACAAGAUAAUAACCAACGAAGCAAACGGCUACGACCCUAAUACGGGUCAUUUUACGUGUCCCGAGGCAGGAAUGUACGUAUUCUCGUUCAUGGUAAGUCAAAGGGGCCACUACGGUGAACUGGAAGCUAAACUCGUUAAAAAUGGUGCGCACAUUAUCGAUGGGGUGGCUGAGACUGCACACAACGGCCAGGAUCUUCAGGGAGGAAACACUGUUGCUCUAAGACUUCAAAAAGGCGACACCGUAGCUAUCGAGGAAGUCAUUGGAAGCCACGUCGAAGGCUGGGCCGCCUACCGUUUGACUUCGUUCACUGGAAUGUUUGUUUAUCCGUGA